AAGGACAAAGGAAAAAGAAGAAAGAAAAUCAUGAAAGGGAAUGGCGGGGUGAAUGGGGUGGUGACACGUCGCGGUUCGGAGCUGGGUGAAUGGAUAUGAAUGGAUGAGUGACAGACUGACUGACAGACUAACAGUCGGUUGGACGGUAAUGAUAGCGAGGCAGACUAGAACAAGGCUGGAAUAAAAAUAAAGCAGAAAAAUAAGAAAGAAUAAAAAGUAAAUACAUAACACAAAAUAACAUAGACGAGGGAGUGCUUGUCCCAUGUAGGAACGGACAUGGCUGCGCGUGAUCAGCGAGCGACACCCCCCCCAAAGCAGCACUGCGGCCGUCCAAACAGGCAAUGGGCCGCUCGCAGGCUGCGAAUGAAGACGGCGCACGCCUUGUUCAGUCCUCACAUACGAGCAUGACGUGCAGUGCAGCAGAGCAGUGCAGUGAUGGAGGCAGUGAGUUGUCUGUUGUCUGUCCAACGGCGAUGGAUUUGCAGAGUUGUCGCGGGUGGUUGGGCUGCUGGAUUGGUGGAAGAAGAGGGGGGAAUGUUUUGAAAUGUGGAAAAAGGCUGGUUGCGGGGGGUGGUGAUUGGGUGGAAAAGGUGUGCAGUCACGGCCACUGGUCAUUACCGAUGAAUGGAUCAAGAGACAUGGGGGUGUGGGAUACUGCCUGAAUGAAAUCAGUGUGUAGAGCGUUUCUCUUUUCUUUUUUCCCUGCCGACGGACUGGACAGGAGACGACUGCAUGGCUUGCUGGCGCUCGCGUAAAAGUCAACCACAGCAGGUGGAGGAGUGGUUUGCUGCGCUGCAGGUUGCAAACGGUGGUGAUACACGGUGCGAGAGUAAUGGCGGGAAGGCAGCAUCAUGUUCAUCUUGGGCAUUAUUAUGAUGCGAUACGAGGGAAGAGUGUGGAAGCAUUCUGGAAGCCGAAA